GGGAGAAGAUGCUGUUGGUUGAAGACUUUUUGGCCUGAGCUUAAUAUGGAUAAGUAAUUGCCACUCACCGAGAGGGGAUCAUGGGAGUUUAAAGGUCAGCAUGCCUAACCUAGAAGGCAGAUACCCUGCAUGUGCUCCAGGCUCAUGUAGCCACCUAUGUCUCCUGUCCCCUGUCCAUCCCAAGGGCUAUAAGUGUGUUUGCCCAGAAGGAAUGUUCCUUUUACCUUCCGGUACAUGUAGUGAGUUAAAGCUUGUGUUUUCUUCUGGCAAACGUCUCUACUUGUUGAAAGUUGGUUUUAUGGGAACUGCUAUAGAGAGAACCCUAGUUCAAGAGCAUCCUAGGAACAUCUAUUUACUGGAUAUUGACUGGAAAAGAAAUCUUAUCUACUGGACAAAUGCUCAGGGACAGCUAUUCUGCUCAACUGGCUAUUCAGGAGAAAAGCAAGAGAUUUGGACAGAGCAUACAGUCUGCUCGGCAAGUGUGGACAUAGCCACUGGAAACUUGUACUGGCUGCCCUGUGACCGAAGUGCUAUCCAGAAGACCAGAGUCACUGGUGCAGACACACAGACCCUCUAUAGAACAGGCGGCAUCAUACUGCAUCUUCUUCUCGACUGGCCAAAGAGAGUGCUCUACUGGGUAGAGAGUGGGAAACACUUGCAAAGUAUGACCCUCGCUGGCAAAAAUAGACAGCAAGUAUGGAUGGGCACCUGGACGGCAGACACCCACAUGGCCUUAGAUCUUGGCUCGUCUAGCAUCCUCUGGACGACCAAAGGGUCAGGGUUGCAAAGUCUGAGUCUCCUAAAAAAUAGAACGUACACUUUGAACAAGACCUGGAGUGAUGGCAUUGUAGCAGCUCACGAGCCCUACCUGGUGACCCUGCAGAGAGGAGCCCUCCUGCUAUGGAACAGGAAGACGCUGGAGCCCUUCUCACUGUCAAAAGAGCCAUACGUACGGAAAAUGAUCAUCCUGGCGGAGAAUCAGCAGGUUUCAGAUCCCAAGUCUGAAGAGGCAGCCGCAGACGGCACCCCCACUCUUCCUCUAACACGCCGUCUGCUUUGCACCCCAUCCUCUGUCCCCUGUCGGAGCGGGGAGCGAUGCGUGCCUCAGGAGUACGUCUGCGAUGGCAAGCGAGACUGUCGGGACGGCUCGGAUGAAGGGAACUGCUCCCAGUUCUGCGCCAGGCCAGGGGUCUUCCAGUGUCUGAACGGAAACCAGUGCAUUGAGGAGAAAUACCACUGCGAUGGGGCUCAGCAGUGCUCGGAUGGGUCUGACGAGCUGGGCUGCUGGAAGCCCAGUGACGAUUGUUCUUUACGUUGUGACAACAAGACCCGCUGUAUCCCCAGGAUCUGGCUAUGUGAUGGCAACGCAGACUGUUUGGACAAGAAAGAUGAACAAGGAUGCAUUCAUGCAAAAUGCAGUGCACCUGAAUUCCGAUGCAAGAGCGGCCAGUGUGUAUCUCACUCUCUGCGCUGCGAUGGGAACCGAGACUGCCUAGACCACUCGGACGAAGAGGGCUGUCCUGUUGCCUGGCCUGUGCAGUGCCCGUCGGGGGAGGUGAAGUGCCGGAGGAGUGGAGAGUGUGUGCCAGCGGCGUGGCUCUGUGACCGUGACUUAGACUGCAAAGAUGGGACUGACGAGAAGGACUGUGGCCCCGAGGAGCUUCGCUGUGGCUCCAGGCAGUGGCCCUGUGCCGGCGGAGACCCGUGCGUGCCUGAUGUGUGGCGCUGUGAUGGCCAGAGAGACUGUGGGGACAGCAGUGACGAGGCUGGGUGUCCCCCCAAGAAGUGCCAGAGUUCUGAGUUCCAGUGCCGCUCCCAUGGCUGCCUUGACCUCCGCCUGGUGUGCGACGGGAAGGAGGACUGUGCCGACGGCUCGGAUGAAGGUGGAAAGUGCUCGUCAUUGUUGUCAGCAUGCAGCCAAGCGCCGUGUUCCCACACCUGCUACCUGUCCCCACGUGGGCCCGUCUGUGCUUGUGAGCAAGGCUUUGAGCUGGAGAGCAGUGGCCAAGUGUGCAAGGAUGUGGAUGAGUGCCAGAAGUCGGGAGGACAACCUUGCAGUCAGACCUGUGUCAAUACCCAGGGCUCCUACAGCUGCACCUGUCAACCUGGCUACUCGCUGGAGCCUGAUGGUCACACCUGUAAAGCAACAGGUAUUGAACCAAUCCUGCUCGUGGCAGUUCAGUCCAACCUACUCCUCUAUGGCUUGAGGAGCUUGAAGGAGGAUGUUCUGGCAACUGUAGACAAGAAUGUGAUGAUUUUCUCUAUUGACUACGACUUAGUGGGACAGAAAGUCUUCUGGACAGAUCUUAGUGCAGAAAGUAUUAAAUGGAUAAGUAUGGACACAAGGAGGACAGGGACCGUGGUAAAAGGGAUAAAGUCAGACUGUAUAGUGGUCGACUGGAUUGGGAGGAAUCUCUACUGGGUGGAUGGGACAGCUGGCCAGAUUUUGGCAAUUCAGCUGACUGCUGUUUGGAGAGGGAAAUCUGAACAUACAAUUGUCCUGGAUGAGGACUUGACUCAACCACAGUCUUUGGCUUUAGAUCCCCUAAAUGGGCUAAUGUACUGGUCUGAAAUUGGAGGAGAACCUCAAAUAGCACAAGCUGGGAUGGAUGGUAGUGGCAGAAAAAUACUCAUCAGUCAAAGUCUUGGCCAGCCAACCAGCGUAACUCUUGACCAGUUGAGUCAGAGGAUAUUCUGGUCUGAUUACAAAUUUCACUGUAUUGGCUCUGCUAAUCUAGAUGGUACUGGUGUCCAUAUAUUGCAGCUAACACAGAUCAAGAACCCCUUUUCGGUCGCUGUGUUUGAAGAUGAAGUCUUCUGGUCCGAUAUGAAGAUGAGAGCAGUACAGCGCAUGAAGAAGACGACAGGCAAGAACAGGGCUGUCCUCAUCAAGCGUUCCCAACAGCCUUAUGGACUCAAGAUAAUGCACGAAGUGCUCCAGCCCAAGUCUCCUAAUCCUUGUCUGGACACUGGCUGUUCUCACUUGUGCCUUCUGAGCCCACGAUCCAAGGGAAGCUGUCACUGCCCAGUGGGACUCCUGCUUGCAGAUGAUGGCAUCACCUGUGUUCCGCUCGAGGAGUCUGCGUUUCUGUUCCUCGCGUUGCCCACAGGUGUCAUGCAGAUUUAUCUGAAAAAUCUAGAAGCUUUACUAGGACAACCAACUUUACCAGAACAUAGGAUACUUCCUUUUACCAAUGUGAACCAGCUUGCAUCCCUGGACUACAUAGUCCAGGAAAAGGCUCUCUACCUUUCAGAGUUGGGUAAUCGUGAUAUCAGGCUCCUGAGGCUCAAAGAAUCUGGAAGUCUCUCUUGGAGGAAAAUCUUAUCUGUGGAGGGAACAGUGAUUGACCUCGCUGUGGACUGGUUGAGUGGAAACAUAUAUUGGAUUGACAGUGAGAAUCCUCACAUCAAUGUUGCUUCCUCGAAAGGCCAAUAUCCCACUGUCCUGUUCAGUGAAAAUCUCUACCACCCCACCUCAGUUGUACUCCAUCCACCCUCUGCAGUCAUGUGCUUUGUGGACCUGGGUUCCCAGGAUGAUAGUAGGCGUGGGUCCAGCAUUGAAUGUGCCUCCAUGGACGGCAGCAGAAGGAAGAUGCUGUGGCAGAGAUCCCAGGUCCCUGAGGGCCUGACUUUUUCAGAUUCGGGAACCCGAGUUUACUGGGCUGAUACUGGGAGAGGACUCAUAGAGAGCAUUCAACAAGAUGGCUCUAGAUACAGAGUAGACCGCAGAGGAAUUGAGGGCCUUAACCUCUUUACAUUUGGCCAAGGCGUGAUGUUCUGGACGACAAUGGAUGAUGAUGCCCAAACCAUUAAGGUUUGGUACAGCAGGGCAGAACUUUCAGAAAACCAGUGGUUCCAAAUAGACCAGAAGAUUGUGGAUUUAAAAGUUUAUAGUAGACUUAGUCAACAGGGUAGUAACAGUUGCUCGAAAGACAAUGGUGGCUGCAGCCAUAUGUGUUUACCAAACCCUGAAGGACUGACUUGUAAAUGCCCCAGUGGGUACUCCUUGGCUAACAUAAGCAAAUGUGUUGAAAGCUGUCCUGUGCUCUGAGCUGUCCCAGUCCUGUAAGGAUGGUCAGAAGUGCAUUUCCAUGGAGCAAGUUUGUGAUGGUCAUGCUGACUGUCCGGAUGGAUCUGAUGAGAUGAGCUAAAUCGUGCAGCGGCAUCGAGAAAUUUGACCCGCCGUGAAGAAAAUGGCCAAGAAGAGGAGAAUCUAAUGAAUAGUGAGACUUUUGUCAACGAAGCCUAUGAUGAGCAGGUAUGCCUGGGAAGGGUCUUUGAGGAGAACAGAUUGUGAGAUACAGCCAAAGAAUGCCCCUUCUGAAAAGUCUGAGCUGGGUGACAGUAGGCAGUGUUAACUCACAGAGCUUUUUGUGUUGGGUGAAUGAUGCUAUUAUGUGUUUUAAACUAAUGUUCAGUGACUUGUUUAUCUUUAGUCUCCGGUCUCUAGUUCCAACCAAAGUGAAAUGUGCAUGAAGUGGUAAUCAAGACAUUCAGAUUUUGGUGAACUUCCACAAGGGGCUCAGUUCCAUGGUGGGGUGGGAUGUUAUUAGAGUUAGUUGGAGUUACCCCUAAAAUUAUGCCCCCCUGUGAUCUCUCCUAAUCUCCCCUUCACUCAACUACCUCUGUGUUUUGUUUUAACGUAGUGUGUAUUCAGGGGUACCUGGCUCAGUCAGUAAAGCAUAUGAUUCCUGAUCUCAGGGCCUAAUAACUUCAAGGCCCACACUGAACAUAGAGCUUACAUAAAAAAAAUAAACAAAUAAAUAUUUUAAAACAUAUCUAUAUCUAUAUCAAGGGGCACCUGGCUGGCUCAGUCACUGGAGCAUGCGACUCUUGAUCUCAGGGUUGUGAGUUCUUGCCCCACGUUGGGUGUAGAGGUUACUUAAAAAAUAAAAUCUUAGAAAAAAAACAACUAUGUUAGUGUAUAUUCUCUGAUUUCGAGUCUCUUUUCCUACAGGAACUGUUAACUUCUUUACAAACCGACUAACCUUAUGAUAAAAAGAGAGCUGAAACUUCUCAAUAAAAAUUGUUUAUACGUUGCAUUGUGUACUGUUUUAACAUCUGUAACUUACUGUAACUGUGUGCUGAAAUGGUAACUUAUUAAAAUAACUGCUUUUGAAA